AUAUAUGCUUAUCUUUGGUAUUUGCAGAGCAGAGCACCUCGGAGCUUCUUUAUUCCAGAAGAAUGGACUCGUACUCUUCUAUGCUUGAGAGAACUCGAGCCCCUCAACUCUCUCUCCAACGAUUUGCCGUAAUUUCAAUCUUCGAAAAGCUCCGAUCAGCGCCUCCCCAUCUGGACUCCGAUUCCAAUCCCGGAAGAGAAGCAAUCACUCAGUGUCUCCACUCCUCCUCUCCCUCCGUCGUCGACCAGUCGGUCCGAGAGCUUUGCCGCCUCGUAAAGGACUCCAAAUUCGACCUCUCUCGCGGGUAUUUGGAACUUCAGUCCUCCCUCGAAGGUUGCGAUUCACGCUUCGUCAACGUCUUCGUUAAAGGGUUAGGAUUUCUUGUCAGACAUGGCUUUCAAAACAACUCUUCUUCGUUUCGGUUCAAUUCUUCGGAGACUCAUCCUUUUGUUAAGGUACUUUCCUGUAGAAGGGAGGUUCAAUUUGAACUUGUGCAACAAGUGCUUCUAUUAAUGGCACAGAACAAGCGAUUGGGAAUGGUGGAAGUUUGUGAAUUCUUGAGACCCUUCUUGAACCAUUCAAUUUUGAGAAUACCCGUUUCGAAUUCGUUUUCUAUGUUCGUAAAGGAUUUGAUAUCAUCAAUGGCAUCCAUGUGUUGUUCAUCUCCUCUGGAGGCAAUGCCUGUUUUUAAGCUGUUGGUGGGAUGCCUCAACUAUUUUCCUUGCAAGACUGCUGAUGAGUUUAGGUAUAUUUAUUAUUUUGUGGAGUAUAUUGUAGAUGCUUAUGUUGUGGUGUUGAGACAUUGGGUUGGGAUGGGAUUGCAGCUUGUUCAUGAGGCUCAACUAUUUGGUGUGGAACUACUAGAGACUAUUUUUUCAUUGUCUCCCGCUCAUCACAAGCACUCUGGUGGGGUUGAGCCUAUUGUGGAAGUAUCAAAGUGCUUAGUAUGUGUCCAAAAAGAGCUUGGCUUGAGUUAUAUUCCUGAACUAUCAACAGUAAUAUUAUCCUUGCUUGUUACUCUCAUUCAAACAGAGCUUGAACAUGAACAACUAUCCAUAUUGAAACUGCUUCUCUUCCUCUUGAAGUGGAAAAGUGAAAAUGAUGCAGUUAAUUUAAACGAAGAGCUUUUAUUCGUUUUUCCUGUCAUCAACCUUGUCUCAUCUCCUUCUAAAUCCGUUAAACAAGCAGCAAUCGAUUUGCUUUCCAUUUUGGAAAAGCUUUUAAUAAAUUUGUUAGUUUCACCAAAGAAGGAACUGAUCAUUCAAGGGAGAUUUCCAUCUAUUACCAGACCUGAAGACAUUAUAUUUAGGCUAUUGCGACAUUUGUGGUCUCAGGAUCAACCUUUUCUACCCAGUUCUUUUCUUUUGAAUUUUGCUUCUAAUGAUGGAACUGAUCUCAACAAUAUGCACAACGUACCAAAAACAUGGACUUCCCUUAUGAGAGAAUACUCUAUGUGGAUUCUUGAAAGACGAAAGUCCUCACUACCUAUCUCUCGGUCUCAAGAGAUCUUUCUUGCAGAAAUGCCUUUAUUACUAAGUGCAAUUGCCAGCAUUUUGGUCAUGCAUGGUAAACUGGGGAGCUCAGCUGUAGAAUUCUUGGCUGUUAUUGGCGUUAUGGAUCCUAAGCUUGGUGUUCCAUUGUUGCUAACCAUUUUAUUCUACACUAAUAUAUUUUCUGGGACAGGCAAAGAUACUAAUUUCCAUAACAUGUUGCUAAAACUUUUGGGAAUGCUCCCAUCACUUGCUUCGCAUCCUGUGAUGACACCAUUCAUAGUUCAAACUAUCUUGCCCAUGCUUCAAAAAGAUGCAAAACCAGUGUUGUAUGCUACUGCUACACGCUUGCUUUGUAAGGCCUGGGAAAUCAAUGACCGUGUCUUUGGGAGUUUGCAGGGAGUAUUACAUCCAAAGGGUUUUACUCAAUUCAUGUCUGAGAGAAAUAUCUGUAUAAGUAUGGCUGCUUCCAUUCGGGAUGUUUGCAGAAAAAAUCCUGACAGGGGUGUGGACCUGAUCCUGUCUGUUUCAACUUGCAUUGAGAGCCAAGAUCCUACAAUUCAAGCUCUUGGUUUUGAAAGCCUUUCCCAUCUUUGUGAGGCUGAUGUGAUUGAUUUCUAUUCUGCUUGGGAUGUUAUCUCAAACAAUGUGCUGGACUCCUCAGGAAACCCACAAGUUGCUCACUGUGCAUGUCUUCUUUUAAGAUGGGGUGCAGUGGAUGCUGAAGCAUACCGUGAAGCUGCGAGAAAUGUUUUGCAAAUAUUGUGGGAUGUUGGAACCUCCAGACAUUCUGGUCAUGGGUCUCUAUGGGCAAAGGCCCGGGUCUCUGCUUACAAUGCAUUAACUCAUUAUGAGGUAGUACACAUUCAAAAAAGCAUUCCAGAUUUUAAGAAAAGGAACAUGGAACUGCUUACUUCUGAGACUGAUCCUGAAGUACUAAGGGCCAUGGAAGUAUUUGAAGUCAAGAUUAUUAGAUAUGAGCACAUCACACGGCGCAGAUUUGUAAAGGAGAAAAGAGUCGCUGUAAACAAGAUUGAGAAGUUGCUAGAUGUUUUCCCUCAGGUUAUUUUUGCUUCAGGAAAUACCACUGGAGUUAGUCAGUUACCUGGCGCAGCUCUGUUUUGCCUUUCUUUGACUCCUAAAGACAUGACCAAGGGGCAGCAAAAAGUUCAGGGACUGCAAGACGUACAUGCUAAAUACGAGAAUGCACUUGUGGAGAUAGCUGCAUCUUUGCAGCUAUCGAGAAACAUCCUGAUUGCACUUCUUUCACUGCAAUCUUGGAAACCCUUCAUGCAACGUUGGUUGAGGGCUUGUGUCACCUUCCUUGAUGCUAAGGCGCCAUCCACUGUGUUGGAUAAAACAUCUAAAGCUGCUAAUGGUAUUCUGAAGAUAAUAAAACGGCUUGCAGAGGAAUCAAUUCCUAGAUCUGCAGAAAACAUUGCACUAGCUUUGGGUGCGCUUUGUGAGGUCUUGCCUCCAUCUGCCCAUGCUGUUAAAUCAACUGCUUCAAAAUUCCUGCUUGAUUGGCUGUUCCAGUAUGAGCACGAACAUCGCCAGUGGUCAGCUGCUAUUUCCCUUGGAUUGAUCUCAAGUUGCUUGCAUGUGACUGAUCACAAGCAAAAAUUCCAAAACAUCGAAGCACUUAUUCAGGUUUCAUCUUGUAGCAGAAGCACCCUUGUAAAAGGAGCUUGUGGAGUUGGAUUGGGAUUUUCAUGCCAAGAUCUUCUUACCUGGGUUGAAGCUUCUGAUGACUCCGACUUGGAAAAAGAAAACUGUAAGAUGCAGGAAGUAGAUUUACUUGGAAAAAUCAUUAGGGCCUUGUCUCAGAUGAUAAGUCAGUUUACUCCAUCUUCAUCUGAUCUUCUAGAAAGUCUCUCUGUAUAUUUCCCGCUGGGUACAGAUGAUACUGAUUCAUAUGUAACUUAUGAGUCAUUGGAUAAGGACUAUAAUGAUUUGGAGGAAGAUAUAUGGGGUAUUGCAGGACUUGUCCUCGGUCUGGGGAGUUCUAUUGGUGCAAUAUACAGAUCUGGGGCCCAUGAUGUUGUGCAAAAAAUUAAAGCCUUUAUCUUAUCAUGGAUUCCACAUUUGAAUCAUUCAGUUCAAAACUCUUUUAGCAGUGAAGGUUUGGAUAUAGUAUUAUCUGUGGGAUCUUGUCUUGCACUUCCGUCCAUAGUGGCAUUCUGCCAGAGAGUAGAACUGAUGUAUGAUAAUGAACUCGACCAGAUAGUGAGUGGCUUUAGGGAGCUCAUUUCGGAACUAGUGUCUGUUAGGAAAUCAGGCAUCUUCCAUCAGAGCUUGUUGAUGGCAUCAUGUGUUGGAGCAGGAAGCUUACUUGCCUGUAUUUUGAAUGAAGGUGUGCACUCUUUGAAAGUUGAAGUCGUAAAAGAUUUGUUGGCCCUGUUUCGGAAAAGUUACUCUAAUCCUCACCCUUCUCUUACCCAUUUUGGUGGGAUGCUUGGUGUUGUUAAUGCAUUAGGAGCAGGUGCUGGGACUCUGGUUCCCAAUUACCCUUUAAAGACUUUGGGCACCACUUAUGACCAAAAGGAUUCUUUUUACAUAAUGGGUCCUUUACUUUCAUGUCCUGUUUUGGAGUCCCAGUUGACAUCAUUGGUGCAAGAGAUGUUUCUUGUCGCACAAAAUUCCGAUGACCAUCAACUGCAACAAUAUGCAGCAUGGGCAGUUUCAUUUCUUAGACAUUGUUUGUGGUUCAGAGAAUUGCAAAACACUGACAGUAGUUUCCCAAGUAAUGCAGCUGGUCAAAAAUCUGUAUCUCAAAAUUUUCCCAAGGACAAUGUAGUCAUGGGGCUCUCUUCGUGGCUAAUGCAUCUGAACUAUCCUGGGGCAGGUACCAUUUCACAUGUUUACACAGUUGCAACCGUUUUACGUUGCCUUUCACAAGCUCCCAGACUGCCAGCGUUGGAUUGGGGAGCAAUCAUCAGACGGUGCAUGAAAUAUGAGGGUCAAAUUGCCGAGUCAUUGUCUCCAGAUUUAGCUUUUAAAAGUGGAAUCCUUAGGGAGGAAUGCCUGCAGUUGUCUUUAGCUCAUGCAAACCAAUUUGAUCCACUCCUAAGCUUUCUCGAUGAACUGUCUGACCUGUCCAGGUUCAGGACACUUGAGCUGAAUCUUCAAUCAUGGUUUCUCUCUCAUCUGGCAGACCUGAUAAAAAUAUUCUCGGGUUCUAGGCUUGAGAAACUAUUUGAUGACGUGGCUAACUUUUUAUCUUCUUUACUCUCUGGAGAAGUUUGUACCAUAGAACAGAAAAGCUUAUUGCGGGUUUCGUGCUGGAAUGGUCUGUAUCCUUGUAUGGAAACUUCUCUUGACACUCGAGAGUAUGUAUCAAACAUGGAAAAUUGCAUGGAGGUCCUCUUUUCUUCAUUGCCUGUAUUGCACUCAGAUGCUAUUCCAGGUAUGGUGCAGGUGCAUUCAGUAGAGUGGUCUGCAGCAGUUAGAUGUCUUGCAAAGGCUCGACAGGGUUGGUUAUUUACCCUUCUACAGGUUUCAGAAGUAAAUUUAGUGGAAGGAGAUGGUGAAUUCUCCAAGGUAGUGAAAACGAUGCAAGCAAAGGCCAGGCUAGUUCAGAUUGGUUCCAUCCCACCGAGUGAGCUGGGAAAACUGAAAGCUUAUCUAUUGAACACUAGAUCAGAUGGUAUUUGGGAUGUUCUGGUAGAAGUUGUAGCAGCUCUGCAACAUGUUGAAGGAAGUAUAAAAAAACAGUGGCUUGUUGAUGCAGUGGAAAUUAGCUGUGUAACAAUUUAUCCUUCCACGGCUCUGCGUUUCGUUGGUAUGCUCUGUGGUAGCUGCUCCAAGUAUAUGCCUCUCCUAGUUGUGGACCGACACACGGUGUUGAGUGACCUACCGGUUACCCUUUCAUCUCUUUUAUCAGAUAGCAGCUGGGGGUUGGUUGCAGAGUCUGUGGCUUCGUAUUUGUGGGCAUCCACAGAGAGAAUUUAUGAUUGGGCCAUGCGUAUAGCACCCAGUGAUGAUUCACCUAUCCUGCAGCCUAUUGACAAGAGUGAGAAUGUUUCGGCUUUUUUUCUAUUGCAGGUGAUGCAUCGUACCUGUGUUUCUUUGAAAGAUUAUUUGCCUCCUGAGCAGCAGUUCAAGCUUGCCAACUUGGUGGUCCCUUGAAUUCUGGGACAUACGUUGAAAUGCUUGCGACUUUGACAAGGCUUGAACGCAUGAUGUUUGGAUUAGUUGCAGCUUGUAACAUUUUGUUUUUUGUAUUGUAGUUUCAGAGGAAUUUCAUUUUCUACGUGAUGUAACUUUGUUAGCAGCUGAAAUUGUUUCUAAUAGGAAAAUUAAUCUAAUAUCU